AUGCCCGAUGACGAUAUCCACAUCACUGUUGAUGGCUGUCUUGAUGGUAUCCCAAUAGUUUUCUGCCGGCAGCGCCCGCUUCUAACGAUUGCGCGUAGUCUGCAGCGACCACAAGUUGCUUCAGUAACUGAGGCGGGCGUCGGUAUCGCAGCGGUCGUAUUCACGUUCCAGCUGUGCGUAGAAUUAGUCUUUGUCGUCACCGGUUCUGCAUUAGAAACAACAUCAACAACAGUCAACAACAAUCAACAACAGUCAACAACAGUCAACAACAGCCAACAAAAGUUAACAUCAGUCAACAACAGUCAACAACAGUCAACAACAAUCAACAACAGUCAACAACAGUCAACAACAGUCAACAACAGCCAACAACGGUCAACAACAGUCAACAAUAGUCAACAACAGUCAACAACAGUCAACAACAGUCAACAACAGUCAACAAUAGUCAAAAACAGUCAACAACAGUCAACAAUAGUCAAAAACAGCCAACAACAGUCAACAACAGUCAACAACAGCCAACAACGGCCAACAACAGUCAACAACAGUCAACAACAGUCAACAAUAGUCAAAAACAGUCAACAACGGUCAACAACAGUCAACAAUAGUCAACAACAGUCAACAACAGUCAACAACAGUCAACAACAGUCAACAUCAGUCAACAUCAUUCACAACAGUCAACAACAAUCAACAACAACAGUAAACAGCAGUCAACAACAGUCAACAACAAUCAUCAACAAUCAACAACAACAGUCAACAACAGUCAACAGCAGUCAACAACAGUCAAAAACAGUCAACAACAGUCAACAACAGUCAAAAACAGUCAACAACAGUCAACAAUAG